AUGGCGUUGAAGCGAUUUCGAGGAUUAGAGAGACGGCUAGCGAAAGAUGGUGAGCUGUACCUGAAGGUAAGAGAUUUAAUAAAAGACUAUACAUCGAAGGGCUAUAUCCAUGUAGCAACGCAGCAAGAGUUGGAGGAGUUCGAACCUCAAGAAGUGUGCUACUUGCCGCUAAGCGUGGUAGUGCACCCGAAGAAGCCGGGAAAGGUUCGUUUAGUGUGGGACGCGUCGGCCGUGGUAAAUGGAGUGUCGUUUAACUCGAAGCUACUGAAGGGACCAGACAUGUUAACUCCGCUUCCAAACGUGUUAGCAAAAUUUCGAGAGCGAAUGGUAGGAUUCGGUGGCGACAUUAAAGAGAUGUAUCUUCAAGUGCGUGUAUGUAAGGCAGAUAAGCGAGCGCGGUUUGUUUUCCGAGAAAGUCCAUCGAAAGUAGUAAAGGUUUACGUUAUAGACGUAACGUUGUUCGGAGCAACUAGCUCCCCUUGUACAGCUCAAUUCGUUAAGAAUCGUAACGCGCAAGAGUAUGCGGUGCAAUUUCCAGAAGCAGCCAGAGCGAUAGUAGAGAACCACUACGUGGAUGACUAUUUUGAUAGUGUGGACACGGUUGAAGAAGCGGUGAAGCGGGCUCAAGAAGUGAAGUAUGUUCAUGCAAAAGGCGGAUUCGAGAUCCGUAACUGGGUUUCGAACUCCGAGGAAUUCCUUCAAACUAUUGGCGAGCAAACAGACGAUCGGUGUAUUCAGAUUCUGGAAGAUAAAGAGUCGAACCUAGAGCGAGUGUUGGGAAUAGUGUGGAAUCCAGUAAGCGAUCAAUUUGCGUUUUUGGCCAAACUCCGGGAUGGUUUAACGCCGUAUAUGACAGGCCAACGGCGGCCGACUAAAAGAGUGGUGAUGAGCAGCGUCAUGAGCCUGUUUGAUCCACUGGGAAUGCUGGCACCCUUCGUGAUCCAUGGUAAGAUGUUGAUCCAAGACCUGUGGCGAAGUGGAAGUGAUUGGGAUCACCCGAUAGACGAUGAGAGCAACGAAAAAUGGCAUAGGUGGAUCAGGAGGCUGCCAGAGAUUGAAUACGUCAAAGUUUCUCGCUAUUAUUUUCAAAAAUCAAACCAGGUUUACUACAAUUCCUUGCAACUACACGUGUUCGUCGAUGCUAGCAAAGAUGCAUACGGUGCGGCGGCCUACUUUCGGAUUCUGACGAGCAACGGUCCUGUUUGCUGUUUGGUGAUGGCGAGGUCGAAAGUUGCCCCUUUGAAAAUGAUGUCAAUUCCGAGGCUAGAAUUGCAGGCUGCGGUUGUAGGUUCGCGCUUGCUGCAUACAGUAGUAGAGGCACAUUCUUUGGAAAUAAAGCAGAGGUUCAUCUGGUCGGACUCUAAAACGGUCAUUUCGUGGAUUCAGUCGGAACAGAGAAAAUAUAAACCUUUCGUGGCAUUCAGGAUCGGAGAGAUUUUAAGCCUCACGAAGCAUGACGAGUGGCAUUGGAUAUCAACGAAGAAUAAUAUUGCAGAUGACCUGACGAAAUGGAAGAGUAGCAGUUGUUUGGAUUCUAACGGGCCAUGGUUUUGUGGCCCAUGCUUCCUUUAUCAACCAGAAGAUUUGUGGUCUAGGCAAGAAUUGGUAGAACCAAAUACCACAGAGGAGAUCCGAGCUUGCCUGUUGAUGCACGAUUCUGCGAUAAUAGAGUCAGUCAUCGAUGUGUCGCGCAUUUCUCGGUGGAAAGUGCUGGUUAGAACAGUAGCGUGCGUCUACCGUUUUAAGUCCAAUUGCGAAAAGAAGCGAAAAGGUCUAGCAAUCGAAGCAGUUCCAGCACCGUCGAGGAUGCGACAAAUGGUGAAGAAACCUAUAUCAGCGAUAGUAGUACCACUGAAACGGGAAGAAUAUCAGAGAGCGGAGACGUACUUAUGGCGAGCGGCUCAAGCGGACAUAUACGCGGAAGAAGUGAAGACCUUGAAGAUGAAUCGUGAUUUUCCACACAGCAAAGUACAGGCGAUAGAGAAGUGCAGUAGUCUGUUUAACGACAGUCCAUUCAUGGAUGACAGGGACGUACUACGAAUGGAAGGCAGAGCAGCCCAAGGUUCAUUCCUGCCCUUCGAACUCAGGUUCCCUGUGAUUUUGUCCAAAAAGCAUCCUAUUACCCGAAGGCUGCUAGAGCAUUAUCACCAGCAAGCGGCUCACUCAAAUUUAGAAACCGUAGUCAACGAGGUCAGACAGCGUUUUAGAAUUCCUAAUCUUCGAUCGGAAGUCAAGGCUGUAGCGAAGGCGUGUGUAUGGUGUAGGACGAAGAAAUGUUCACCGAGGGUCCCUAGAAUGGCUCCACUUCCAAUAGCUCGCAUUACCCCUGGUUGGCACCCGUUCAGUUUCACUGGUGUGGAUUAUUGCGGCCCAUUUACUGUAUCUGUUGGACGCAGGUCGGAAAAACGAUGGAUUUGUCUGUUUACGUGUUUGACAACAAGGGCCAUUCAUCUGGAGGUUGCGCAUGGCUUGACGACACAGGCGUGUUUGAUGGCUAUUAGACGUUUUGUCUGUCGCCGAGGAAUGCCAGUUGGAUUCUUUUCCGAUAACGGUACCAAUUUUCAAGGAGCAAGUAAGGAAAUUGUUCGAGCUAUACAAAGAGACUGCGAGGAAGGAAUGACAGAUGCGCGGACUCGGUGGAAUUUUAAUCCUCCUAGUGCGCCCCAUAUGGGAGGAGUUUGGGAGCGGCUAGUGCGGUCAGUAAAAGCGGCGCUGACCGUACUAAAUGAUGGUAGAAGGUUGACAGAUGAAGUGCUGCUGACAACGUUGGCCGAGGCAGAAGAUCUAAUAAAUUCUCGUCCGCUGACGUACGCCGGUUUGGGACCGGAGGCAAGUGAAGCUCUGACUCCAAAUCACUUUGUGAAGGGCCCUGAGAUAGCUACGGACAAGAUUUCGCCAACAGCGGAUGCGGAAGCAUUGCGGGAUAUUUACAAACGAUCGCAAGCUUUGGCGGAUAAGCUGUGGAAGCGAUGGCUAGCAGAGUACGUUCCUUCGAUCAAUCAAAGAUCCAAGUGGUAUGCCGAUACUCCACCAAUCUGCACCGGAGAUCUAGUGUACAUAGCGGAUGAUGGAGCUAGGAAGAGUUGGACACGUGGCGUAAUAAUUGAAGUGUAUCCUGGAGCGGACGGGCGAGUGCGACAAGCGCUGGUGAAAACAUCGAGAGGCAAUUUCCGGCGGCCGGUGGCGAAGUUGGCGGUGCUUGAAAUCCAGCAUCGUAAUUCUGGUGCUACAGAGGGAAGCCCACCAGAAUUACGGGGAGGGAUCACGAAGAAACCCUAUAGCAACGAAACCUGUAAAUAG